AUGGCCAGUUCGUCACAUAACCCUGUCAUUCUUUUGAAAAGAAUCUUAUCGCUCACAGAAAGCUCCCCUUUCAUUUUGUGCUUAGAUUCUAUUGCCCAGACCUCAUACAAGCUCAUCCAAGAAUUCGUCCACCAGAGCAAGAGUAAAGGAAAUGAGUAUCCAAUUGUGUACAUUUCGUUCGAAACAGUGAAUAAACCAUCGUACUGUACUCAAUUUAUUGACGCUACGCAGAUGGAUUUUGUACAUUUAGUGAAACAAAUUAUAUCAUAUCUACCGGCUGCUACUGCCACACAGGCAAAAAAGCACAUGGUCAUUAUCGAUUCAUUGAACUAUAUUUCUACAGAAUACAUAACAAGGUUUUUGUCUGAGAUCGCCUCUCCUCACUGCACGAUGGUUGCGACUUAUCAUAAAGACAUCAAAGAUGAGAACCGUACGGUAAUACCUGAUUGGAAUAACAAUUAUCCUGAUAAGUUGACUUUACUGCAGUUUAUGGCCACUACAAUAGUAGAUAUUGAUGUGGUAUUAACAGGCACUCUCGAUACUGAGGAGGUGAGUGAAUUGUUAAACGAAUUUAGAAUUCCUCGCGGGUUAAAUAACGAUAUAUUUCAAUUACGACUUGUUAAUAAAAGAAAGUCCGGCAGGUCAUUGGAAUACGACUUCAUAGUAAAUUCAAACACCCACGAAUAUGAAUUAUUAUCAACCACUAAGCAAGAAGAGGAGAGCAGUAGUAACGGACUGGAGACACCCGAAAUGUUGCAAGGAUUAACAACAUUCAACCUAGGAACAUCCAACAAACAGAAGCUGGCCAAAGAUCAAGUCGCAUUGCCUUUUCUGGAGGCACAAAGCUUUGGACAAGGGGGUGCUAUUGUUUAUGAGUACGAAAAGGAUGACGAUUAUGAUGAAGAGGAUCCAUAUGAGGAUCCCUUUUAA